AUGGCAUAUCGACCAUCACUUUUAUGCUGCCAAGUUGAGGGCAAGGGAGCCUUGGCAUCCACUUCAGACCAUUAUUUUGUUUAUUGGAAGGUGAAUGACUCAGUUUUGGGUGUCACCAACCUCGUCGAUAGAGUCUAUGAGCAAGUGUUGGACAAGAGGGCGCGAAAAGUUUUUAUGAAAAAUUGUGGCGAUCAACUUUUGGAUAUCAAAUGGCUGUAAGUUGGUCUAGAGCACGUAUUAUAUAAAUUUUUGAUGUUUAGAGCGACAUUCAAGAACAAAAGCUUGAAGGUCUGCAAAUUCGAGGAUGAUAAGGCGGAAAUUGGUUAUCUAAACCAAAGAUUGACAAUAAAACGAGCAGCAAUUGAACCCAAAAUAGUUAUUGCCGAUAUUAUAGUCAAAUUGCUGGCAGACCGCGAUGAACUCGAAGUAAGACUAUCCUUUUUUAUUGUUUAUACUUUUAGGAGACCGUAGAAGGUAAAAGAAUUCAAGUAUCAGACCCUGUAACUCGAUGGAUUCGCCGGGCAGCGGUACGUUUUGAAUGGGUAGUAUAAUAUAGUUUGUUUACUGACUCCAUUCCCACGCAAUAUUUCUUGUGCGCAUUUCAGACGUUAACUCAAGACCCAAUGAAUAAAAACCGAAGAAUCAGACUUGUUCCCAAACCCUCCAGUUCCAACGGAAGUCCAAAUAAGAAAGCAAAGAUAGAGGAGCCAGAAGAGGGACUAGAUGAGGUCCCGGUGAAGCAUGAGAUCGACAGUUAA